UGGCGUUGGCGGGGCCGGGCGUGUGGCCUCCCUCCGCAUUCGAAUGAAUGGGAGGCGUUCCACGGGGGACUUGAUUAUGUUCGGGGCACGCCAAAUGAUAGAACUGAUUGUGUCUUUUUUUUUUCGUGGCUUUUCCAGUCGUUUUGACACGGAAAAGAAAAAUGCUCGCACAAAGUAUUGUUGUUACCGUUGUUAGCCUGGGACAGCUCUAACUGGAGUCUGCUUUUUCAGGUGGCAUGAACCGCGCCUGCCAGCUCGUCGGCACGAGGCACAUCCAGGCCCUCAUCAUGUUCUUCAGCGCAGCCGUCGCGUUCUGCACUCGGACCAACAUGUCGGUGGCCAUCGUCGCCAUGACGAAGCCACGGGAGGGACAGACGCAUUUUGACUGGGACUCCAGCCGCACCAGCCUGGUGCUCUCGUCCUUCUUCUGGGGGUACGUGGUGAUGAACAUCCCGGCGGGCCAGCUGGCGCAGCGCUUCGGGCCCAAGCGCUUCCUCGCCAUGUCCGUGCUCGUGUCCAGCCUCUUCGACCUGCUAAUGCCGGCGUGCGCCACCUACGGCGACGUGUACGGCGUGUGCGCGGCGCGCGUGGUGCAGGGCCUGGCGCAGGGCUUCCUGCUCACGGCCUGCUACGAGCUGCUCAGCAAGUGGGCGCCGCCCCGGGAGCGCUCCAGGAUGGUGGCCUUCUUCCUCGCAGGUGAGUAGGGGCGACCGUGGAGC